AAAAAUGCUCAUUGUAGAAAUGUGAAAAAAUCAAUUUGUUUGCCGGUUUACCAGGGAGUGUGAAUUUCGUGUGGAGAUAUAAAAAUUUAUCAUAAAAUUGUUUACAAAUCAUAAUAUAGUUUUAGAAAAGCCGUAGAACAAAAUGUACAAAAUAGUCUUAUUUUGUUUGGCUCUAGCUUUGGUAUGCAGAGCUGAGGAUCAGGUAUUAGAAUUGACGGAUGACAACUUCUCAACAACACUAUCCGAACGAGACACCACAUUGGUAAUGUUCUAUGCUCCUUGGUGCGGUCAUUGCAAACGAUUAAAACCUGAAUAUUCUAAAGCAGCUGAAUUAGUGCGUGAUGAUGAUCCUAAAAUCUCUUUGGCCAAAGUGGAUUGUACUGAAGCCGGCAAAGAAACUUGCAAUAAAUAUUCCGUUACGGGGUAUCCAACUUUGAAAAUAUUUAAGGGAAGUGAGUUGUCACAGGACUACAAUGGUCCACGUGAAGCGAAUGGUAUUGUUAAAUAUAUGCGAGCACAAGUGGGGCCAGCUUCGAAACAUUUGACUGAAAUCGAUGAGUAUGAGAAGUUCUUAAGCGCCAAAGAAACAACCUUGUUUGGGUACUUUGUAUCAUCAGAUUCCAAGUUGGCUAAACUUUUCUUAAAGUUCGCUGACAAAAACCGUGAGAAAUAUCGUUUUGGCCAUACGACAAGUGCUGACGUAUUGGAUAAAGUUGGUUACUUCGACGUUAUCGUGCUCAUACGUGCUCCCCAUUUAACUAACAAAUUUGAAGAAUCUGUCAUUAAAUUCGAAGGAGAAACGGAACCAGACUUGAGUUCUUUUAUCAAAGAUAACUAUCAUGGCUUGGUCGGUCAUCGCACUCAGGAGAACUUGCGUGACUUCCAAAACCCACUAAUAACUGCUUACUUCACUGUCGAUUAUGUGAAAAAUACGAAAGGUACUAAUUACUGGCGUAAUCGCAUUCUAAAGGUCGCUUAUCAAUAUGUUGAUAAACUCAAUUUCGCCAUUAGUGCGAAAGAUGAUUUCCAGCACGAGUUGAAUGAAUACGGCUAUGAUUUUGUUGGGGAUAAACCAGUUAUAUUGGCUCGUGAUGAAAAAAAUCUAAAAUAUGCUAUGAAGGAGGAAUUUUCUGUUGAGAAUUUAAGCAAUUUUGCUUAUAAGUUGUUAAAGGGCGAAUUGGAACCGUAUGUGAAAUCGGAACCAAUUCCCGAGAAUAACGACGCCCAUGUCAAAGUUGCUGUAGCUAAAAAUUUUGACGAAGUUGUUUUAAAUAAUGGUAAAGAUACGCUUAUUGAGUUCUAUGCCCCUUGGUGUGGACAUUGCAAGAAAUUGGCACCCAUUUAUGAUGAAUUAGCUGAAAAACUUCAAAAUGAAGAAAUUGCAAUUGUUAAAAUGGAUGCUACAGCCAAUGACGUGCCACCGGACUUUAAUGUUCGCGGGUUUCCAACAAUAUUUUGGUUACCCAAAGACGAUAAAGAGAAGCCUGUGUCUUACAGCGAAGGUCGCGAGCUUGAUGAUUUUAUUAAAUUCAUUGCCAAGCAUGCAACCAACGAGUUAGAGAGUUAUGAUCGCAGUGGUAAACCUAAGAAAACCGAGUUAUAAACAUGCUCACAUAAAGGAAAAAAACUGCGACGUACAUUUCCAACGUGUACAUUUCCGUAUCGCUAAGAAACAAGUUCACAUUUAUUAGUUUUUUUUUUUCGUUCAAGUUUUUCAUUAAUUAAACGA